AUGAAACUUCGGCAUUGUGCUUCCCUUCUAUUGUCUCUUGGGGCUUUCGAAAAAGCUUCAUGUAAUGACUAUCCAGCGAUCAACCCACUUAUCGGACGGGACGGCAGUAGCUUGGACUUCAUACCGCUACCGGGGCGAGGAAACCAAGAGCGCCAACACUUUACAAUCACCGAGCCCCUGCUAUUGUUUCCCCUCGCUCCUGGGGAAGUAACAACCGACCGCAAACGAGGUGGGGUCACUCUCGCUGAGGAAGACUUUAUUUCAAAGCGUCCGCGACCAAUCAACACCGACACACACUGUGCUGACUUUUACGCCAACGAUGAACGCCAACUAAAAUCCGACCCGCCUCUGUCAGCAGUUCCCUUCGCCCCUGGGGCAGGAACGGGCAGCCAGAAACGCGUCCAGGAAACUCUCGCGGAUGAAGGCCAUGUUCUCAAUGUUCUAAAGCGUCCAGAGCCAGUCACCACAGGCACCCGUAACGUGCCUCCGCAAGUAAAUCACAUCGCCACUGGGGCAGGAGUAGACAGUCGGGAACAAAUUCAAGCCAUUUUUUCUCCGGAAUGGCGCCCACGUAAUUAUUGGUAUCAUCACCAUAUUUUCGCAGACAAUAGAUGGAAGCCACCUCCUUCCGCGAGCCGCGGCUUCAUGAGCUCCACAACUCCGUUCGACAAGACUAGGCUGGAUUUACCAAAUCACGAAGAGGCAAGCCCAGUGUCGCGGAACAAUCCACCAACAACUGCGCCGACGCAUUUCAUAGCUGAAACCCCUCCCAGUAAUUCGGAAAAGACCCUGCUUCUUCCUCAUGUGGACUCUCCCUCCGUGCCAAUGAGGAAGCGUGAAAAAGAAUUUUGGAAUGAGUUGUCAGAGCGAACUCUGGAGUGGACACCACCCAUGGUUAGCGAGCAAGCUAUCCUUGCUGCACAUUUCAUGGCAAUUCACUUUCUGAAAGCACUGUCGAACCUCCCCAGUAGAACAGAAUUGGAAAGUCUACACCAAUCAGAUUUUAUCUUGAUUCCGUUUGCCUACAAAUUAUUGAUGAAACCACUUGGAAUUGACCAUUGGAGAAGGAUUCUUGUGACAUGGCGUAACCUGUGGGCUAAGGAAAAUGAUACUGCAACUGCAACUGGGGCACGAUCGACCGGUGACGCCUUGAAGAAUUUUCUUUGGAUCUCGAAUUUUAUAUAUGAAUCGACAAUGCCUGAAUUAUUUACUUACCCGGAGACCAAAAAAACAUUGUUCCGGUUCAGCAACCAUGAGAGCAGGAUUAUCAAAUUUCUGUCAGAUGGAAGAAAGAUACCGACAGAAGUGUUUGAUAUCUUUCAGCGAGACGCGCUGCGUCACUUGAAAAAUACUUUAACUCAGGAAUGUUGUGAAGGAAAACAAAAUUUGGUUGAAGCUGGUUCGUUGGAACCAACGCCUUGCUGGAAGUCAAUACUGGCUGAUUUGAAUUUGCAAGCAUCUCCAAUCACUGCCACUUCCGAGCAACUUAAAAAAGUAGCCGCUUCAAAACAGGAGAAGUUCUUCCCCGCUCAGACCUGGUGCUCAACAUAUAUGGAUGGAGGGGCAAGUAAACCAGUCCUGUACCUCAAAGGAUUCCCGUCAGGCCUUAGAGAAAACCUCCUGUUGCUAUUUGAAACAAUCAAUUUUGAUCAUGCAGCAGAACUUCGAAAGUUUCCGCCGAUUCCUAAUCCACAAUUUAUAGAACUCAUGCGAACUUAUGAUCAACAUCUCAGCAAAUCAACUACAUCUCCUAGUAAAAAUGUACUUGUACGCUUCUUGCCGGAAAGGAUACAUCAGUGGUUUGAUGAAAAAAUCAAGAUUCUGAUGCAAGAAGAAAAAUGA